CUCGAGGAGUUCUUCGAGGUCGAGCGGAGCACCCAGGACGACCAGCCCGCGCCCCACUACGGUCGUGGCUGGAAGGCUUCUGAACUGCGCCUCAAGUCUUGGGAUGACCUUCAUAAGCUGUGGUAUGUCCUUCUAAAGGAAAAGAACAUGCUCAUGUCUCAACGCCAGAUGCUGGCUUCAGAGAGCAUGCGUUUCCCAAAUCCGGAGCGCAUUUCCAAGGUGAAGAGAUCGAUGUGCCGGAUCAAGCACGUGCUGACGGAGCGGGCCAUUGCGGACCCUGACCCGAGGAGGACUGCGGAGAUGAAGCGGAUGAUCAACGCCAUGUGACCGACCCACGCCGCGCCACGCUACUACUGUCCGUAAGCAGCAGCCGUAGCAGAAUUAGCAUCUAUCUAGUGGAAAGAACGAAUUUGCUCGCUUUCCCUUCUUGUGUUGUAUGCCUCCCCCCGUGAGAUGCAUAAGACCAGCAAUCCUUGAGAAUCGCCCCCGACAGUUCCCCAGAUGAACGUCAAUGGACUUGUGUUGGAAUAAUCGCAACCGUCCUUUUUCUUUGUGUGUGUGUGUGUGUGUGUGUGGCAAAGUACCAUCCGGCUGUUUGUUUGCACAAUGUGUUAUGGAUGUCCAUUGGUUUCAUUUCUGGCUCUGCGUAGCCAGAGCUUCGUUUUCA